CUUAGAUCAUAUUACAUGUAUUGUUCAUAUAUACUCUCAAAUACAUGUUUGUUACAUUUGUAGUCCAUGUUACACUCACUGCUAUUUACAGUAUAGUAUAGGACGUACUAUAUCCCAUGGCAUUUAUUACUGUGCUUAGUAUUGUGGUUUUUAGAUAUAUUUCCCAAGCAGAGGCAAAUUCUCCUACCAAGUCUUCGUGUUUUCCUGUACCUCCAGAAAAUGACUUAUGUAAAUCCAUAAACAUUAGCUGUCCACUAGGAUCUGUUAUUUAUAAACCAAUAAUUGAUGCCUCAUCUGACAAAUGUCCGGCCUCUGGUCAAUUCUUUCAGAAUACUGAGCCUCCUUGUGUUGGCCGACCUGUAGAUCUUUAUGCAGAUAUAGCUGAUUGUUAUUGGAAACAAUCCUGUUUCAUCAAGUUUCCCUUGACACCGAUUUUUACAAGAACAUGUGUAAAUCAGGCACAAUCAAUAAUAGUCCAGGACUGGAUUUGUAUCAAAGCUGCACAAAAUAGUGUGUACUUCAAAGAUUUGAUAUGUAAAAGCCAGUACAUAGGAACCCAUGCAAAUAGUGGAGUAAUACUAAGCCAUCAAAAUAUACCAUGGAAUUACGACAAAACGAUGUUUGAUGAAAAUCAGAUUUUAAAAACUGAGAAAACUUGCGAAACUUCAAUCACCGUACCUACUUCUGGCGGAAGCAGGGUUUUAAUAGAGAUAAGCUUAUUUGACAUCGAUAUGCAAAACGACCAGUUGACCAUUAAUGAGAUCAUGGUUGAAAAGGAAGAUUUUCGUAAAGAAUUCCCGCCCUACACCCAGGUCAACAUCAAAUUUUCAUCCAAAACUGACAACUCUAAAGGUGGUAAAGGCUUCGUUAUAUGUUUCAGAAGACUAAACAAACAGGAAAACAAUGGAAAAUCUGCAUGUGACGGAAUUUUCGAGUUUGGUAAAGACCCAAAGCUCAUGAUCACAUUGGACCAAGACAUGCAACUAGAACAAGGAACAACAGCUCCAAAAGAAGAUAGUAAAACAACAGAUCUAACAGUCAAAAAUCAGACAACCAAACCAACACAUAGUACUGACCAGCAGUGUACAAAAUGCUUGGAAAAGAAACGUCCGAAAGAAAAAUGUAAAACACUAUGUUGCAAGGUGCAGAUAACUCAUCCACAAUGUCAGAGCCAAUCGUCUUCAACCACAACAGCGACACCUACUCAAGGAAAAUGUAAAGUCAAGAAGAAGAGUAGAAUUGAUAAGCUUUGUAAAAAUUGUGUUAAUGGAAAGAUCAAAUGCACGAAAAAAGAAAAUUGUUAUUCAUGUUGUCCAGGCAAAACCAUUUAUACGGAAUGUAGGAAGGGGAAAGGGGGUCGUAACAGAAAAAGGAAAGGCAAGAAAAAGAAGAAAACGAGGCAAAAGAAGAAAGACAAAAAUGGUUCUUGAAUUUCAAAAACUCUUUAAUAAAUCAUGUUUAUUGCAA